AUGUCCAGCGAUCCAAAGGCGCUUCUUGCCGCCAAAUUCCUCGACUCAUUCCUCCGCGAGAUCGUUCUCGAUACAGCCAUCCACACACACGCAAAGAUCAAACGCGCCCGCUCCAUCUGCCAUCUCUGCGGCGUACGAUGUCAGGCGCACAACCCUGCUGCACAGCCUUCCUCGUCCUCGUCCAACCCCAGCUUUGCAGCCACCUCGGACACGUCUACCCCGUCUCGCUCGGGCACACCCGCUCCAGGCUCCUCAACCUCCGCUUCGCACAAACCCGACUACUACUCGAACAACCCGCUCUUUGAAUGUCUCGUCUGCUCCAGGCAGGUCAGCUCCAACCGAUACGCGACACACUUGGCGAAAUGCAUGGGGAUGGGAAGCAAAGGUGGCAGGAAGGGUGCCGCCAGAAACGCCAAAGCUGCCACCAGUGUCCUAACCAGUUCUAGCAGGCAAAGUGCAGCAGGCACGCCGAGGUACAGCAGCGAUCUCGACGAUGACAGCUUCUCCAAACGCAAGAACGGCAACGUCGUCAACAAGAACGGCACAAAGCGUGCUAGCAGUCCGCUUACAGCAAGCACACUAGCCAACGCAAGGGUGAACAAACGCCUCAAGACAAGCUCUCCCACACCUCCCCCGUCGGACAGUGUAGCCGGUGGUCUGAAUCGAUCCUAUUCGUCGCAGACGUUUGCACCCUCCGGCCUCAGCAGCUCCACCGUCAUCAGCGGCUCACCUCUCAAUCCGAACAACAACGGCUCGACGUCCAAAGUCGAUGCCUCGGCAAGGAGCAAGAACGCAGCAUCUUCCAAGAAGCGCAAGCGAUUCGUCGACGAUGACGACGACGAUGGCGGUGACCAAUACCACGAUGCAUCUGCCGCCGACUCGAAUGGAGAAGAAGGAGAGAUCUCGGAUGACGACGACGACGACGAUGACGAUGACGAUGUUGCGCUGGCCACGGCCACUUCGUCACAAACACCCGCUUCGCGCACCAAGAUCAAGAUCCCUGUCCGAGCCGCAUCCACCUCUUCCGCAUCGGCAUCCACGUCCAAACCCAAAACUUUCAUCGUGGCAGAUGACUCUGACGACUCCGACACCAAUCUUUCCACUCGGCGCAAGACUCACACGGUAUCCGACGACGACGAUGAGGCUGACGACGACGACGACGAUGAUGACGCGGAAGAUGACGAUGACGAGGACGAUGACGACGCCGAUGAAGAUGACGAAGACGACGAUGUGCAGGUCACGCGCGUAACCCACUCAUCGACUAACGGUACCAACGGCGCUUCAGGAGGCGGGGCCAGGAAGAAAAAGUCCAGCGCAGCAAACGGAAGUGGUCUGCAGAGGGAACGAGGCAGCGAUGGCGAGUUUAUCGAUGUCGAAAGUGCAUCCGAACAGAGCGACGCCGAUUCGUUCUGA